ACUUCUGAACUAUUUUCUCAAGACACUGUGUAUUGUGAUGUGCGUGUGUUGAAUGUGUGUACAGUGAGUGGAUUUCUUUUCAUUACUUUUUGUAAACCUUUGAGAAGGAAGGUUUCGAAUGAUAAAUUGACCAUGCAGGACCCUUUACAAGUGGAAGAAAGUUCAUCAUGAUCAGCUUGGAUAAACUUUGGAAGAUGUUUUUAUCUGGAUAUUGGACAAGAUUCUGAUUUGAUGAAUUCAAGCUUGAAGUUGGAUCACUUUAUAAGGAAUAUAAGAAGCAUCAUAUGUCAUCUUUCUCUGUCUUCAGGUUUCAAAAUAUAUAUACGUGAACAUUUUUUUGCUGAUUGCAGAGUUGUAUUAAAGAACCCAGCCAAAGAUGGAGGCUCCUAAGGAUUAUGUUGAUAGCUACAUGCCAAAGAACAAGAUCAAGCAGUCAGAUGCAAAGACAUCAGACAAAUCCAAGGCAUCGGGCAGCACCAAGACUUCAGACGACACCAAGACAGUAGACACCGCCAAGACAUCAGACAAUAAAACGGACAAUGCCCCGUCAUCAGAUAAUAACAACAGUGAGGAACCGUGGUCUCCUGCGAUGUCCUUGUCAGCAUCACCUAUGGAUACAAAUCUAGGAGGAGAAUCAAUUGAGAUGGAAGUCAACGCUAAUGGAAGGGCUAAAGGAAGACAAUUUAGCACAUCGUUACAUCCUAUCAAGGAGCUGGACCUGUUACUUGCAGCAACAUAUAUCAAAGAUGCAAAGUAUGGACGCAAUUUCAAAUUCAAAACUUCAGAAAAACAUUUAAGAUACUACCAUUUGUACAACAUGCCAAUCUUCAGUUGGGUACUGUACCUAUUUAUAAUCCUCAAUCUGUCCUUGGCCAUCUUUGAAGAGCCUGCUGUUGGAAACCUUGCUUUACCUUAUUGGGCUUCCAUGCUAUUGGAGUGUGGCUGUUUAACCUACUUUUCCUUGCGACUAUUACACAGCUACUACUGUGCCGCAGGGCAGUGGUUCAGGGAUAUGAAAAACAUAGGAAGCAUUACCGUCAUUGUUUUGACCAUUAUUGACAUGGUGAUGUAUGCAAUGAUGUAUGAAUUGGGUGCUGCAGACAAGGCUGUCCGAUGGUCAAGACCACUCAGGCCAGUGCUGAUGGUCACUUUUGCUGAAAUGAAACUGGUUCGUCUAGCCUUCAGUAACAUCCGCAAGACACUUCUUGAGAUUCUUAAUGUCCUCAUCCUUCUUUUCCUCGUCAUAGCCCUCUUUGCUCUUUUGGGUAGAGAGCUCUUUGGAAAUGAUAAUCUAAAAAAGGUUGAUGAAAAGUCACCAUACUUCACAGAUUUUUGGGAGAUUUGGUGGGAUCUUUAUGUCCUUGUAACAACAGCAAACAGUCCAGAUAUCAUGAUGCCAGCUUAUGAUUUCAACCCUUGGUACAUGCUUUAUUUCAUCACUUAUAUCUUCAUCUGUCUCUACAUAUUCAUGUCUAUCUUUCUCGCUGUCAUCUACAAGAAUUACCGGAAACAUCUGAAGAACGAGGUUCAGAAGUCUGUCUUCAACAAGCGUCGUAAGCUGGCCAGUGCAUGGGACCUGUUGAAGGAGUGGCACGGGGGCCAUUUCCUCCUCUCGUGGGGUCGAUGGAAGGAGAUGAUGGCUAUGGUUGCCCCUAAGCUUAGCCUACCCCAUGUACGUCUUCUAUGGAGGGUCCUUGAUCAGGACGGGCUCAAUUUCAUAAAUAAACGUACAUUCAUGAAGUUGGUCGACAUCUUAAAUGUGCCUAUCGUACAGGUGGAUACUCAGAAAUCCUUGUCAGAGAGAAAUUGCCCAGCAUGUUACAACUCAAAAGCAAGUCUGUUUGUACGGACAGCCGUCAGUCACAGAUACUUCACCUAUUUGUUUGAUUUGCUCAUCAUCAUCAACGCAUUCUUUGUGGGAUUCAAACUAGAUGAGGGAGAACCAUACUUCCUUGCUCUGUUCUCCGUGGAGAUUGUACUCAAGAUGUAUGCCCUUGGCUUUUAUAAAUUCUUCCAUAGUUUCUGGAAUGUAUUUGAUUUCCUUGUUAUUGGAGCAGCUGUUGUUAUCACUAUCAUAGAGGCUAUUGUGAACAGCAGUGAGACAGAGACCACGUUAGACAUUCUUCUGAUCCUUAGGGUACUCAGACUGGUCAGAAUUAUCAACAACAUAGAAAGAUUUCAUGUCAUCGUAGCAACAGUGAUGAAUAUUGGUCCUUCUAUAAUUACUUUUGGUGCAAUUCUAUUUGUUGUAUUUUACAUCUAUGCUGUGAUUGGGAUGGAACUGUACGCCGGUAAAGUCAACUACUAUGGGUAUGAGGUUGAUGGUGCGGACCUGACGGAGGAUGAGCUUUAUUGUGGCAACCCUCUCCUGCGUGGUUCGGAUUUCUACCGAGAUCAUUACUGCAACAACAACUUCAACAACAUCUUGAAGGCUUUCAUUAUCCUGAUUGAGCUCAUGGUCGUCAACCAAUGGCAUGUGAUCUCUGAAGGAUAUGUGAUAGUGACCAACAAGGCUUCUCGUCUAUACUUCCUCUUCUUUCACAUCUCUGUCGUCAUUGUCAUUAUAAAUAUCUUUAUAGCCUUUAUCCUUGAGGUGUUCAUGGUGGAAUAUUCCUUGUCAAAGACAGAGUAUGAAAGUGCUCUAGAGAAAGUGGUAGAAGACCUUGGUCUGAGUGAUAAAAUAGACGUCUUAGAAGAAGCAAAUAGAAGGAGAAAGAAACCAGAUCGCAAGGAGUUGGUGAAUGAGAUGGAAACGGAAUACCCUGAAAACCCUGACGAUAACCUCAAGUUUAGACUUGGAAAACGGCGGAAAGCAAUGCAAGUGACUCUACAAAACAUGUUCGAAGGUGAGCUUGACGAUGAGGACAUAGGUCCGGAGGAGAUCGAUGAUGUCGAUGAUAUCCCAGACGUAGACAUCAUCCCCUUCCCAUUGUCGGUGGAUAACGUAGCUUAAAGAGAUUUGUGAUCUUUCAACUUCCAGUUUUGACAUUGGGAUAUCGAGAUAUUAUAAUUAACAAUCUGGUCUACGUAAGUUGACCUUUCCUUUGAAGUCAAAGUCAUUUUUAAGACCAGAUUAUGCAAGACCUGUGUUAUUUACCUUCUGUCUGUCAAAUUUCUCUGAAGGGGAACAGAUUUCUGAGGUCCCAAGAGACUCUACUGAGGUAGGAUUACCUGUAAUUCUGUUUCCUGACAGGACUGAAGGUACAGCCGGUAGUAAUUUGGCAGAUUUAAUGAUGCUUGGGCUCCAUAAAUGAGUUACAGAAGCAUUUUGUUAAGCCUUAUUUACAUUGCAGGUAACAAAGGAAAUAAGUGAAACAUUGUAUCCCAUGGACUUUUGGCACACAAAGAAAUAUUUCUGAGCUUUGUUGCGUCACGUCUGAAUGAACCUCUAUCGUGUUACUUUGUACAUAGAUGGUGUAAUAGGCAUAUUUCAGACAGGUAGAGAUUCGAUAUUUCACCCACUCUGAUUUUAGAGAGAUUUAUACUGACAAUGGUGAUCUAGAUUGUAUAAAUUUGGGUGCAUGGAUAGAUAGUUGAUCAAUUUUUUUCUUAUGAAGAUCUUUCAACCAGUAGGCCAAAACAAAGAUAUAAUUUUGCCAAAUCUCAGAUAAAAAAUGGAGGGGGGGAUAAUAAGGUAUAAAUUCUUGCCAAUUUUUCCUGACUCAGAAAUGAUCAUGUGGUAUAGACACGGCAAUUGCUCCUCAGGUAUCGGCAAAUUCUAUAAAAAAUCAAGAGAGUAACUUUAUUCACUUUCUAGUUAGUAUAUAGAUACUGAGUCACUCAUUAGUACUGUUAGCUGAACUCUUUGUAUGCACUCAACCAAAGUAAUAUAUUCACCUUUAUAUACUUGUAAUUAUUCCUUGAUAUUAGUAAAUUUAUAUAACCCUAUCUAUGCUGGGGGGAGGGGCCUCGGAGGCCCCCCUUCAACGAUUUGCGCAAUAUUUUCGCUGCGCGAAUUUUUUUGACUGCGCCGCUUGCUGACUUUUUACUUUCAAGUCUUGCGCAACUUUUGAGACCAAUUUUGCGUCACCCGGGUCCAUGUUCCGAAACAACGCAACAUUAUGUAAGUGCAUGUCAGACCAAAAAUUGCUCAAAAAUGAUUUUGUGUACAAAGUCAAUGCAAAUUGUGUUUUCAACCAAAAAUCAUAAAUGUAUGAUUAUUUCUAGUUUUGCUGGUCUUAAUCUAUUUAUUUUAUGCGUUUUAUGAACUCAGAAGAAUCCCCAACAAAUUUCAUUGAAAAAACAAUGAUAAACAAAAGGUUAAAGAACCAAAGAAAUACAUAAGAAAUUGCUAAAAACAAUAUAAUUCAUAAGAAAAUGAUUUGAUAUCGCAAUUUUGUUCAUGUACACUUGCUAAGAACACCACGAAGAGUUUCUCUACCAAAAUUUAGAACAUUUGGAGCUUUAUUUCGGGAGUUAGAGGAAAACGUAUGAUUUCGCAUACCAGUUACGCAUAAAUUAGCAUAAUCACUUAAUAGCAAUUCGCAUUAAAUAAAUUACUAUACAAUUUUGUAGAUUAUGUCCCAGACAACCCGCGUGCCAAUUUUUGGUGUGAUCGCGCAGUCGACGACCGAGAUCUCAAGGGGGGGCCUGGGAGCCCCCCCCCCCCGCCGUAUGACCUCCCAAAAUAUCCCGGUCUAGAUAGGGUUAAUGAUUUCACUAAAAUUUUUGAUCUAAAUUUGAAAUGUGAAUAGAAGUUAUUACACAGAUAGUAAAUGAAUAAUAUUGAUUUAACUGGUGACAUUUCUUAUAUAAUCUAUUGUUUCUUUGUGGAUAGUUUUUGAGCAUAUACAGUGUGUUACAGAAAAGCAAAUGAUAAAUUGAAAUGAGCAUGUAUGUAUCCUGCAAUUUUUUUAAUACCAAAGUGUGCAUUAUGUGAAUGUUGACGGCAUAGAUUUACCUCAUAUUUUUUUAUUCUGUUUAUUGCUAUGCAGAUACAUUAUACAAUACUUGAAACUGUAUCCCAAGAAAUUGACUGUAUACGAAUAUAGAUAAUAAAGAGAUAUUCAAUGCAAUAAUAAAGUAAGACUUAAAAAAACAUUAAUGAAACUCUUUAUUUACGGCUUUUCCUUUUGCAGAGAUGUUUGGAAUGUUGAGGGGGUUGUUAUGGCCUCUGAUGUAGAAAAGUUUUUCUUUUUAUGUUAAAAUCAUUAGUGAGUUUUACUGUUUAUUCUAUUGAGUUAAAAGUUAAAGUUACAAAUUUGUUUCAAAAUUUGUGUUGUGGCUUUCAUAGUUGCAAAAUUACUUGCAAAAUUGCCUUAGAAAUAAGUUCUUUUCAGGCUCCAGAUCUCAAUAAAUAUCAAAUUGACUGCUUUUUUUUUCAUUCUUGCCAAAAUGGAACAUCAGGAAAUAUAUCAGAACAAAGAGAAUGUAUGCAUUGAAUAAUUUUCAUAAGAUGUCAUAUUAUAUUUGUUUUCUGAUAUAAGACUGUAAUGUUAGGCAGCUUGAAGGGGAUAUACUAUAUCAUGAUUUGAUGAUAGUGAUCAUUUUCAAAUGAUAUGAUCAGGGCCCCCGUCUUACAAAGAGUUACAAUCAAUCUGAUCAAACUCAAGUAUAUAGAAAUCCAUCAAUACCAUCAUUUUUUUCUUCAGGAAAUUUUGUACAAUGUCAUGUGUAAACAAAAAAUACUGAAUUGUCAAGAAAACAGUGAAUAUAGGAAUAUACAUCAUAUCUACAAAAAAUAUUGUUAACAAACAAGUGUUUUAGAUGUUGACAUUGCUGGCUUUCCAUAGCUGUGGUUGAUUGGAUCAAUUGUAACUCUUUGUAAGACAGGGCCCAAUUAUUGAAUCUUGCUUUGUUGUAGCAUUCAUACUGGUAAUUGUUCUUUAGGUAAUAUCACUUAAAAAAUUGUUUAAUCAAUCUCUACCAUUUGAAUUUUUUCUGCAAAGGGUCAAGUCAAGCAUAUAUUAAACUGAUGAAUAGUAGGUUUUUCAUGGUAUGAAUAACAUAAUUUAUACAUUGGAGCAAAUAAUUUUUUUAAAUAGAUCUGAUGAGAUUUUUAAUCCUUUUCACCAUAAAUUAUAGAGCCAAAAGAUGGAUAAGAUUUAAUUUUGAUUUAUGAUUCAGAAUGUUAGAUCUGGCAACAACGGAGGUAUAUGUUUUCACCGCAUUCAGUUGAAAAUUAUUUCAAAAUUCUUUGUGUUUAUAUUACUUUUCUCUUUUUUUUGUAAAAAAACAAAGUAACUAUUGAAAUUAUUGAACUAUUAAAAAUGAACCGUUAAUAAUGAUAACUUAAUCUUCAUUUGAAAAGAAAAUAAAUACUGAUGAAUGUUGUUAUAUCUUUAUUAUUUUCUAAUAAAAUAAUUGAACCCGGUAUAUCAAGGUUGUAAUUGUUUCUGUUAUAAGAUAUGUUAUCGGUGUAUUGUGAAAAAAAUGAGGUGUUUUGCAUGGCGAAAGUACAUUAAACCGUAUCAGGAAAUAUCUCUUUCUGAUAAGGUUACUAAUC